CGAAUUGCAGCUGCCAGAGUUGUCGCGUGUGAAAGUGGGCAUGGCCAAUCUGUUCAUCAAGCACACGUCUGCGUCGUUCAGCUCGACACUUCGGCCGGCAUUGACGCGUCGGGUGCACGGCACCGCGUCGCUGCUACAGGUUGCCAAUGUCUCCAGUAGUUCGCCUAUCUCUUCUCAAGACGAUGACAAAGGUCUAGUUCGACUGGCAAAGCUGAUGGCGCAGAAGGGCCUGUGUUCAAGACGUGAAGCGGAAGCGUACAUCCAAGCUGGAGAUGUAUUGGUCAAUGGUGAACGUGUUCAGGCCGAUUGGCUAAAGGUGCCUGCGGAAAGCGAUGUCCGUCUGGACUUCCGAGCUCAAAGACACCAAAACAAGAAGGUAACGCUGGUGUUGAACAAGCCCUUGGGCUAUGUGUCGUCUCAACCGGAGGACAACAAGACUCCAGCCGUCCGAUUGCUUACCUUUGAAAACGAAUGCCAAGAGCUGAGUCGCGUAAAGCCUCGACAGAAUGUGGAGCCUGUGGCGCUGUGGAAGAUGGCAGUCUGUGGCCGUCUGGACGUUAAUUCGACGGGACUGCUGCUAUUUACUCAGGACGGGACGGUAGCGAAGAAGUUGUUGGACCCCAAGGGCGGGAUCGAGAAGGAAUACCUCGUGCGUGUGGAUCUCAACUUGGAUCCGUUGACAGACAAGAUCCGCAGGAAAAUUGAGGUACUGCGAGCGGGCGUCACGUCGGAUGAGGGUAUUACUUAUCGCGCCAAGUCGGUGGAGAUCCUAAACGCCAAUCAACUGCGAGUGAUUCUUACGGAAGGUAAGAACCGACACAUUCGCCGUAUGUGUGAACAUGUCGGACUGCGUGUGAUGGCACUCAAGCGUGUACGCAUUGGUGGCGUGAAGCUUGGCUCACUGCCUGUUGGGCAGUGGAGAUACUUGCAACCGAAUGAUAAGCUUUAGAGUGGAAGACAUACACUUUGUAAUGGACUUAGAUGUUGAUGAAUACUCAAAUGGCUUGGUUAUUCGAACUCAUGGAGGCAGGCUGCAUCGAUCUAUAUAACAAGCAACGUUAGCACGCCGUAAAAGUAUCGCAGUAAGGCACAGCGCAGUGCAUCACCUUGUGCUCCUUCGUAAAGCGAACUCCUUCCUUUGCCAACAGUGUCCGCUUCUUCUGGAUGCAAGGCGAAUCCUCUCCAGUUGCACCUACAUAAUAAAUAUCGUGUUCAGCCUACACCC